ACCUCGGGCGCCUCCUUCAGUGGCAUACUUUGCUCCUCAAUUCUGUGCCAAUGACCAGAUACACCAAUCUCGGUCGCAAGCGGACGUAUGUGCAGGCUGGUCUUAACUACAGAGAUGAUAUAGGUGCUCUGGAAGACGGUCAUGGCGACAAAGAGCGCACGAAUGCGCCGGGUGCAGAGGAAGCCACUAUAGACGAUUCAAAUGGUGCGCUAAAGGGAAAGCAGCGUGAAGGAGACGAUCCAGCCAUGAGGAAGGCCAAACGACAAAAGCUUGCUGAAUCCGCGAAUGCAUCUGCUCAAGAUGCUGCGACAGAGGAAAUCAGCGCGGCGGGCACUACUUCUGUCAUUGAAGUCGGCAGUGCGAAGGCGGCUACUAAAGACACGAAGAAGAGGCAGAACAAGAAACGUUCGAAAGAUGCUGAGGCACGCAAAGAGGCAUCCGAGCGACGGCGAUUGAAGCGUCGGGCCGAUCUAACAGCGGACAUAGUGUGUUUCGCCUGUCGAGAAAAGGGUCAUGCUGCAAGAGACUGCACCAAGGCUAUUUCUCUUGCUGGGAAGCUUGACGAAGAGGACACAGGACACGGAAGGUCUGGCAUUAAGACAGGAAGAAACGCGGUUGGUAUUUGCUAUAGAUGCGGUUCCCGGAGACAUAAUCUCUCAAGAUGCAAGCAUGCACCAGAUCCGUCCAAUCCCCUGCCAUUUGCAUCUUGCUUCGUGUGCUCCGGAAAGGGCCAUUUAGCAUCUACUUGUCCGCAAAACCAGUCUAAGGGUGUCUAUCCAAACGGCGGAUGCUGUAAGCUCUGCGGAGAGACGACACACUUGGCUAAGGAUUGCGCACUACGGAAAAAUGAAGUAGCAGCCGCAACGGUGUUCCUCGGCACAGGAAAUGGUGCCGGUGCCGAUGAAGACGAUUUCCACACCUUCAAGCGGAAGAAUAGCGAGAUUGACAAAUCAGAGAAGGUGGAAGAGCGUUUGAAGAAACAGGCCAAGAUCAAAGUCGGCGCGCAUUCGGGCGUGGUGAAGUCGUUCGGGAAGGUGCCUGUUGCUGAAACGAAGAAGGUGGUAUACUUCUGAAAGACGUCUGUUCUUGCCUAUCAGUAUUUCGUCGUACCGAUGAACUGCAAUACCCUAUUGUCUUUUACAUAUUGUCUUUUAUUUGGUAUGGAUACAUUGCAGGCAACCGUUGGGC